AUGCACACUUUCGAUAUUAUUGACUCGGAUUCCGAGUUCGAAUCCGACGUAUCCUAUGAUCGCCCUCGAAGGCCCACGAUCGUCCGACGACGCUCAUUUUCACGGCGUCGUCGAAGCAGCCCAGACUCCAACUCGUAUCUGAGCCCCGAUGUCAUCCAAACCGUCCACCGCUCCGCUUCGACAGGCGGCAGGCGCAGGAGAGACCCCACCGUGGUGAUCAAUAACGACAUCAGAACUAGGCAGAUGCACAAGGAACGUCGAGGCCGUCCCCUCUAUAACGAAGUCGAUGAAUAUGACGAGAUCGACAUCCUCCGUCGCGGGCGCCCGCGUGCCGGCAGCAGUCUCUCCCGCACGUCCUCUCCCCACCAUCGCGACUGGGAACUGCUGAUGGACCAGCGACUUCUGGAAAGGAAUGACAGGCGUCAGGAUAUCGAGCUCAUGAAACACAGACAAGAACUCGAGCGGCUAGAGCGACAGUUCGCCAGGCGCCACGAACACGCCCGCGAGCCUCGCUUUGAAGACUGGGAAGACGAGCUGAUCGAGAGACUGCGGAAACUCGACCGGCUGGAGAGGUCGAAACGGGCGGAAGACGACCGCCUGCUCGCUGAAUAUCGGGAAAAGGUGAAGAAACUGGAGGAGAUGGAGAGAAAGGCAGCCGAGGAAGAAGAGGCCAGGCGUCUGGCCCGCGAAAAGUACCUGAAAGAGCUCGAGAAGAAAGAAGCCCUCCGGGCCGAGAAAGAACGCAUCAAGAAAGAGCUGCGAGACGAAGAGGCCCGGAGACUGCUGGAAGAGGAGGAACGCAAGAAAGAACUGGCCAAGAUCAAGGCCGCCGCCGUCGAAGAAUACAAGAGGGCCGAGGAGGCCAAGAAGCUUCGGGAGAUCGAGGAGAAGGAAAGGAAGGACAAAGAAUUCAAGGCCCGACUCAAGGAGGAAUUUGGCUGCUCUGAGGAGCAGCUCGAAGCCCUGAUCAAAAAGCAAAAGGAGAAGGACAAGGACAAGGAAAGGGAAAGGGAAAGGGAAAAGCCCCAUUCGCCUCCAGAGCCAACCACGUAUAUCAAGGUCCACCGCAAAUAUCUCCUGCCUGAGACUCUGAUCGCCUACCGAUUGCCAUGGGACUGGGACGAGCACGACAGCAACUACAUCAUCAUCAAGACCUGGAUCUCCGAAGACUUCCAGGAAGAGCUCUUCGCGCACACGCGGCGCCUCCGCGAGGGCAAACUCGUCUCCGAGACCUCAUCCUCCUUGACCGAGUUGAAGGUCAACGACAGAAAGAAGGACAAGAUGUACCUGGUCCGGAAGAAGAGCCCUCGACGGGCUUGGAUCUUCACCUAA